CAUUUUGUGUAAUGAACAUUUGUACCAAAAUCAUAUGAUCAUAUAAUUGCAAACUUAUCAGGCUCAUUGGUUAGACAAUAUUACAUUUCAUCGAUACAUUCUGGAAUGUUUCUUAAUGUAAAUGUGAUGACUUACUACAAGUUCAUUUCAUUGAGCUAUGCAAAAAAAAAAGAAAAAUGAUAAUAACUGGAUUUGAACUUGGCAUCUGAGAUGAAGUAUUAAAUAUGUCGAAGUCAGCUUUUAUAUAUACGAUUUGAAGUUUAAUCAAACUUCUGAUAUACCAUAAAUAUUUCAGUUUGUCAAAACUGAAGUGAAAGCCAAAUUGCACAUUUCUUUACUGUGCAACCAUGUUUCAUUCUUAUAUUAAUAAAAGGGUUUUUAUUUAAUUGUAUUUAUUCUAUUAGAAGUUAUCUCAAUGGAAUUGAAUUACAGUUGCGUAAGCGUAUGGAGAGAGCAGUACAAGAACGGAAGAGAAUCAAUGCUUCAAUGAACUGCAAAGCCCCCAAAGAUGGACAGCAGCUCUACCUUAGUAUAGCCAAGUGUUUUAAUGACACACAGUGGAACGACAAUGCGGACAUAGUGGUAGAGGAGGGCGUGAUUAUUAACCCCCCAUACACUGCUGCCUGCGUGCACACCAUCGACCCCUCCAACCCACAAUCCCCUAGAUUUGCAGAACUCAUCCAGAAAAUGGUCAACAGAUACCACCAAGUAAAGGAAAGACAACCUGAGCCCAGUACCGCAGAUUUGUCAAAAGCACCACCGCCUAUCAUUGAAUCCGCCAGUGAAGCCUCAGCUCAACGUUAACAUAUGCUUAGGCAUAAAGAAACUCCGUGUGCUUGUUGACGCCCGUCUUUUGUACGCUGUCUGAUUCCAACAUCUGUGUUCGCAUUUAGGGCUGCAGCUUGAUUACCUGGGCUCCCUGAGAGCCCUUGGUGCUCAAGCAACGUCCCUUGCCAUGAGUAUUUUCUUGACACUGCCUCAUGCCAUGGAGAUUUUCUUGACAAUAUUCCUUGACAUGGAGAUUUCUUUGACAAUAUUCCUUGACAUGGAGAUUGCCUUGACAAUAUUCCUUGCCAUCGAGAUUUCUUGUCACUGCAACAUGCCAAUAUUUCCAUGGCAAAAUAUUCCUUGCCAAAAAUUUUUUCAUGGCGAUAUCCCUUGUCAAGAAUACUUUCAUGACAAUAUCUCUUGUCAAGAAUACUUUCAUGAUAAUAUCUCUUGUCAAGAAUACUUUCAUGACAAUAUCUCUUGCCAAGAAUACAUUCAUGACAAUAUCUCUUGCCAAGAAUACUUCAUGGCCGUAUUACUUGUCAGGACUAUUUUCAUCAGGAAGUCCGAAUUUAUGAAAAUUUGUACAUUGAAGUCACGAAGAAUAUUUUCCCAGCGUUUGUCUCUUUCUCUGCUCUGAAAUCAUGAUCAUAUCUUUUUGCAUUGUUUUUGUGAUAUUUUUUUAUCGAUAUUUAAUUGGUUUCUUUUCGUCUUAAUUAGGAGGUUAUUUCCAUGUUAAUUUUUUUAAUUAGCGAUUCCCAAAAACUUCCUAAAAGAUUUGUAAUUUGCAUAGCUUUUCAAACCUCUUUGAGUGUACAGCAAAAAUUUUGAAGCAAUUGUUCAUCAGAUUCCUUAUUAACCAA